AUGGGCUGCAACUUGUCCAAAUCCGGCGGGAAUGGGAACGGGAACGGGAACGGGAACGGGAACGGGAACGGGAACGGCGUUGGGAUCAGCAGUGGGAUCGGUAGUGGUCGACGGACGACGGACCUGAAGGUGCAUCAGGCUAUUGAGGCUAAUCUGAGGAGGGAGAGACAGAUGAUGAAGUGAGUUUUGGGGUAUUCGUGGAAGUGGUCGGAAGCUUGUAGAUUGGUCAAUGGAUCUCAAUCUUACGACCAUCUCGUGCCUGUUUGUGCGAUGCCGAGAAGGUGGAGGUGCAGCUCAUGACUGGUCAGGUAGUGCAUUGGUCACGGUAUCGAUGAUGCUGACUUGUGCGCUGGUGUCCACAGCAAAGAAAUCAAGUUGUUGCUCCUAGGUGCAGGUCAGUACAUCUUCCUCGUCACGGACAUCUUCCAGUCCUCAAAGCUUAUCUCGUGUGACAACUGUAUGCAGGGGAGUCGGGCAAGUCCACCGUCGUCAAAGUGAGUCGGAUGUGAGACGAGAUGUUUCAGAUGUUGCAGAAUGAGAUGACGCUGAUUUGUCCGUCAUGUUCUCUGUACCAUCAGCAAAUGCGACUCAUGCAAGUCUAUCCUCUGGGCAUUGGACUGCCGCAGCAAGAAGCUGAUUACUAGCAAGAAUCCUUCUCCGACACAGCUACCGAGAGACGUUCACCCCUUCCGAACGAUCCGCCUUCCGAGAAGUCGUGUACACAAACACAAUUCAAUCCAUGGAGGUAGGCAAUGAUUUGUCAUUUCAACCAUACGGUUCAGAACACCGAGACUCACGCACCCUAUCUCCCCCUCAGGCCGUCCUCCACGGCUUCCAACAACUCUCUUUCGACCUUCCCCCUGAACUACAAGAGUGCUCGUCCGUAAUCCUCCAACUCGACCAGGACGACGUACAUUGGCAAGAUGGCGAUCUAUACCCUUCCGUUGCUCGAGCGAUCGAGACGUUGUGGUCACAUCCUGCGGUGCAGCAAGUCGUCGCCUUGGGGCCGGACUAUCAAUUGAAUGAUUCGGGUUAGUGUUCUCGCACCAGUGUGGUCAUGGGAAUUGUGCUGACAUAGUUUCGAAUUUUUGACGUUUCAGCUCCGUAGUGAGUAGUCUAGGUUGACACGUCUUAGCAAGGAUGCUCUGCUCACUAAAAAUUCUCUCCUCCCGCCGGUCACACAGCUUUUUCGACGCUAUCGGACGUAUCGGGAGGCGAGGGUACGUGCCGUCGGACCAGGAUAUUCUACGAACGCGUGUGCGCAGCACCGGUAUCGUCGAAGAGCGUUUCACUGUGAGGGUGCGUAGGAGUGCAGGGGUUUGAUGGAGAUAUCAUGAAAAUAGACCUUUCAAAGCAACGCUGACCCGAUUCGGACGUGGUCGGGAAACACACAGGGGUACUCACUCCGUGUCCUCGACGUCGGUGGCCAAAGGUCCGAACGUAAGAAAUGGAUACAUUGCUUUGAAGACGUCAAAGUACUUUUAUUUGUGGUCGCUAUCAGCGAAUAUGAUCAGACGUUGCGGGAGGAUAACGAGGUCAAUCGUAUUACCGAAUCGAGAACGGUUAGUUAUUCUCUUCGAAUAUCGGGUUCCCCUGAGGGCGAGGGAGAAGGGUGCGUUACUCAUGCAUUCUGGCUCAUCUGUGUUCAGCUGUUCGAAUCCAUCGUCAACUCAAUCUGGUUCCGAGAAUCAUGCUUUGUCCUACUGUGAGCUCCUUAACCACUCCUUAUCCACCAACAAGCUCCCGCUGACCCCACCUCACGAAAUUCCCCGCCGCCAAAAAAGCCUCAACAAAUGCGACCUCUUUGAAAGCAAGUUCAAAUCCGGCACCGCACCGUUCUCCCAAGCCUUCCCCAAAUACACGGGGUCCGACACCGAUGUACCCGCGGCGAAGGAGUAUUUGCGCAAGGUAUUCAUCGGGCUCGAUAAGCGCAAGAAUCAGCAAAUUUAUACACAUUUCUCGACGGCGACCGGUGCGUUCGAACUCGUGUGAGGGGAGGCGUGGACAACGACUUUGGAUAAUGAUGCUUUCUCAAAAUCACAGAUACUUCGCAAGUCAAGGUCGUCAUGGCCGCCGUUUUCGAUACGGUAGGUAACAAGGAGGUCGGCCACCAAAAUUUCUAUUCAUAGCUGAGCCCAAGAGUUUUGCCUUCGACAGGUCUUGAACCAAACGCUUCAAGAAGUCGGCUUGCUUUGA